AUGGUAGCCAUACGGAUAUCGAUAUGUGUGCAGCUCGGUUGCUUGGUCUUUUUCGCCACCAGCAUCGGCUUGACUGUCAUUGCGCUUGCGACAUGGUAUACAAAUCACAAGUUUGUGAAGAAUGUGCGGUCUGAUGCCCUCAUGCUCAGUGCAUCACUCAAGUCCGCUCAGUUGAGCUCAAACCUUCUCCUCAUGCAAAUCCUUGUAAGACAGGCUACCUUGCGCCUGUCGCCACAGGCGGCUUUGGAACUGUAUUACGGAGAGGGAUCUAGCACUUGGGAUCUUUGGAACCGGACAGCUGAAGAUUACGACGCUAUAUUUGCAGGAAACACGAACAGUCGCAUGGCUGUACAGGCCCGCAUUUACCAUAAGGAAGGGACCAAUACCAUCUUGUUCAGUCGCACAGCCGUUAGCGUUACAAAUACGACACUGCCUUACAAGACACCUGCUGGAGAGCCUGCACAUAUCGGAGAUUCUUUGUAUGGGUUCAUACCUGAACUGUAUCCACAAUUCAACGUUCAGGCUAUCGAUCGCACUUCAGAUCAGUAUGAAGCUGAAUAUCAAGGAAGGACGAUCAACAGAACUACACCCCUUCUUUCAGGCCCAUAUAAGGUUGACGAUCAUCUCACCCUUUUGUCGAUCACUAUGCCGAUUACGAACAAAACCUCGAACACCCGAAUCAUGGGCUGGCUUACAGUCGCGCUUGAUGCAAGAUUGAUCAGCGAAGUCUUGGACUCAAGAGAAGGUCUCGGUGCUCGUGGUAUCAGUCUUUUGAUCGGCCCUUACAACGUAACCAAUACUUUUCCUCCCAGUUAUUUGUUCCACACACCAAAUGCCAACGCGCCUCACAACUAUGAUGUCCAGUAUCAGUUUUCUCCAGGAAGAUCUAGGGAUGCACAAAGGGUAUACCAAUACGGCACCGCGCCGCCCUUUGACUGGGCACAGUAUCCCGCCGUUCGUGAUGGUUUUUCAAGUGCUACAGGAAACAAUAACAACGCUGGUAGCGCACUAUCUACACGUAACGAGAAGCUCCAUGGUGUAUCUAUGGGUCGCGCCAUUGUGAAUAGCUCCAUGGUCGAUUGGAUGCUGGUAGUAGAGCGGCCACAUGCUGAGAUCUGGGCACCCAUUAAUCGGCUUCGAAGGGUCAUUCUCAGCUGCGUUUUUGGAACAAUGGCGGCUAUGCUUGCAGUGACAUUCCCUACGGCUCACUAUCUCAGCAGACCUGUUCGGCGGCUUCGAGAUGCCACUGGAACGACCGUAGUUCCUCAAUUCCCAAAAGGGACUGUGCCGCGAGGCCAGGUUGCACCCGGAAACGAAGCUUCGGAUAGCAUAUCAUUUCUCAAAGAGAAUUUACCCAGCCGUGUCGGCCAAUACGAGAAGCUGAAUGCGAUACAGCAUGAUCAGAGACGGGAAGCCGAUGAGCGAAGACAGUUCACUAUUCCGUCGAAAGUUAAAGAUGGCCGACAUGUGAUUCAUGACGAGCUUACGGAGCUGACAGAGACUUUCAACAAGAUGGUUGUUGAGCUGGUGACGGGAUACGAGGAACUUGAAGAAAGGGUUCAGCAACGAACAGCAGAGCUUGAAUUGAGCAAGGAAGUAGCUGAAGCAGCUAACAGAAGCAAGACUUUGUUUAUUGCAAAUAUCUCUCAUGAGCUAAAGACUCCACUUAAUGGGAUUAUGGGCAUGCUGGCGGUUUGCAUGUCUGAAGACAAUUCGCCAAGGCUGAAACAGUCGCUCGAAAUCAUAUACAAAAGUGGAGAUCUUCUCUCAAAUCUGCUGACCGAUCUUUUGACAUUCAGUGAGAUUCAAGUAGGCCAGCAUUCAAGCCUAGACGAGAAGGAGUUUAGAUUGAGAGAUAUCGGCACUCAGAUUCUCGCAAUUUUUGGGCAGCAAGCAGAAGCCGCCGGAAACACCCUCUCAAUCAAGUUUGAAAGUCCACACGUUACAGAAACAGACAAAGAGGGGCAUGCACACAAGAGAAGUAUGGUCACAUCGCUUGGAUCGGAGCCACUCGAAGAUGUGCUGCUAUAUGGAGACGAACAUCUGAUAUUACGCGUGAUCCUCAAUCUGGUCUCGAACAGUCUCAAGUUUACCUCUGCAGGAGGCACAGUCAUUGUUACUAUUCGAUGCAAUGGAGAACUCGACACUUCGAAGUGCGGGAAUGUUUCAAUACCAUCUCGACACAACUCCUCGCUCGGUCCUAGAUCACGACUCAGAGGGUCAACGAGUGCAAGCGAGUCGACCUUUACACCGCAUCUCGCCACAGUCUCUUCGACAAGUCUGUCUCGACCAAAUCUUGAACAUCGCCGAGUUGUGACAAAACCUAUUCCGGAGCAAUGGUUAUCCUUUGAAUUUGAGGUACAAGAUACAGGCGUUGGUAUUCCUGAGCACCUUCACAGCAAGAUCUUUGAACCUUUCAUUCAGGGUGAUCUCAGCCUGAACAAAAAGUACUCAGGCGCUGGUCUUGGUCUAAGCAUUUGCGCACGACUUGCCAGCUUGCUUAAAGGUACAAUGGGAAUGAAAAGUCAGGUCGGUCAGGGCAGUACCUUUGUCAUGUCAAUCCCGCUCAGACGCGGGAUCAGCCAUGCCGGCAGUUUGACAGGCUCAGGUUUCGACUUACCGAUGCUAAUAUUACCGGUUCCCAGCGAGACUGUUGAGAAAUCGCAUACGGUCUGGUCUCCUAGAAGUACUCAAUCGAACCGACAAAUCCAUUUGAGCCCUACUUCGAUCGAAAUCGAUAGUCCCGCACAGACGUCACCCGUUACAACAGCUUUGGAUGCUGUCCCAGAGGGUCGCACAGCAGCUCUCGGCCGAGAUUCUCUCACCCCUACUUUGUUUUCGGAGCUUACACGACCACUUGUAGCUGCUGGACAGCGUCGGACACAGCACACGAUGGGUUCUCAUGUGGGUAUCAAGGUCUUAGUCGCCGAGGACAACAAAACCAACCAGGAAGUCAUUAGAAGGAUGCUGGAGCUCGAAGGCUUGCAAAAUAUCACAGUUGCAAUAGACGGACAAGACGCGGUAGACAAAGUCAACGAAAGUGUGCAACGCCACGAUCCAUACAAUCUGGUUUUCAUGGACAUACAAAUGCCGAACUUAGAUGGCCUACAAGCAACGAUACUCAUUCGGCAGUCAGGAUUCAACGCCCCGAUAGUGGCCUUGACUGCAUACACUGACCAAGCCAAUAUGAAAGAAUGCUUAGACUCAGGCAUGGACGCCUUCCUCUCGAAACCUAUUCGCCGACCCGCACUUAGAAACGUACUUCGACAGUAUUUUCCCAUCGAAAUGUAG